UGCACGACUGGGACCGACCGGGCAAUUUCUACCGCCCAGCAAGCAGGAGGGACGCGCUCGCAAUGGAGGACUAUCGCCCCAGCGGGCGCUUCUACAACAGAGGUGGAAACAAGCGCAAGCGUACCGAGCGUGAUGACGACGUCGACGACCGUCGCGACGACCGCCGUCCGACGCGCCGCCGCUAUGAGGAGCCUACUGCUUCUAAGCUACGGAGGCAGCUCCUGGCCAUUGCGGAAUCGCCUGCUAGGAACGCCGAGGAUGACGCCCAAGAUAUCGCACGCCUUGUUUCGGACAAUUGGGAAGAAGAAGACGUAAAAGUCGGUUUCCUCCAUCUGGCCGUGCAGCUAGUCCUUGAACAACCUCUGAAGGUUCCGUUUGUUGCCGCUGUUAUCCUUUACGCCAAUGAGACGAAGCCUGAUUUAGUUGAGGAAACGCUCGCCUCAGCACAGAAAAAGGCUCAGGAAGACCUUGAGGCUGGCAACUGGAGGAACUUCAAACUGCUGCUCCGCUUCUUCGCCUGCCUCCAAGGCCUCUUGGAGGGUGACGGAGUGUUUACUGUCUUGGAUGAGCUUUUCAACAGGGCCGUGGACCUUCAAGCUGCUUCGUCUGAAGACACUGUCGGACUUGAGCUUGUCAAGAUCAUCCUUUUUACCAUCCCCUAUGUCCUUGCCUCCACGACUGGUUUCGAACAGAAUGCAGCGGCUAUGCUUGAAAAGACUGAUAUCGUAGCCUCAGCACCGCAUGCCUUGGAAGGCCUGGUUGAACCAUACUCGGGCGAUAGCGAGGAGAAACCCUUUGGCUUCCAGAGUAUCAUUGCACUCCUACAAAAGCAACUGCAGAACGAGUCAUCUACUGGCUGGAAGCUUUCCUGCAUCCCCAGAGUCUAUAACCCGGUUAAAAGAGACGAGGGUGCAGAAACGGCAACAAAGCAUGCCUUCCCUGCCAUUAAUGUUCCUGCCAACAUCAACCCGGGCCCUAGACCACUCUUUCCGGAGACCUAUUUUUCGCUUUACGCUGAUCAGGAUGUCGAGACUGUCCCGAAAACUAACAACAUUGCGGCAUGUCUUUUGCGAGAUGCUCUCGCAGACACCAUCAACAUCCUCGACUUCAACCGUAUCGCUUGCGCCAAGUACCUGCUUGAGAUGGAUUGCUACUGGGCACCCAACACAUUCGUUAAGCGCGGUACCCAGUUUGAUAAGCUCAAAGAUCUGGGCGAAGACCAGUCGACCUGGAAGCCUGAGGAUCUUGCAGUUGAUGCCGUUUUUGCCCAAAUCGUCUCUCUUCCAUCGCCGGGGCACAAACUGGUAUACUAUCACUCUCUGAUCACGGAAUCUUGCAAGCUUGCCCCCGGCGCAAUUGCGCCGAGUCUAGGUCGCGCAAUUCGCUUCCUUUUCCGUCAUCUGGACAUGAUGGACAUGGAACUCGCUUUCAGGUUCAUGGAUUGGUUCUCUCAUCACCUUAGCAACUUCGACUUUCGCUGGAAAUGGGCUGAGUGGACCGAUGAUGUACACCGUAGUGACAUCCAUCCGCGCAAGGCAUUCAUCAACGGGGCUAUCGACAAGGAAAUUCGCCUUAGUUUCGCCAAACGCAUCCGUGAGACUCUUCCUCAGGACUGGCCAGAUCUCAUUUCAGAAGACAAGGAGAAGGAUACUCCCCCAUUCAAGUAUGAUUCUGACCAGACUCCGUACGCACUUGAGGGUAGAGAGCUUCUUCAACUCCUUCGCAAGAAAGCUCCUGAGGAAGAAAUCCAAAGGGUUCUCGAUAGCAUCCACACACAGGCGUCUGAACACGGCAUCGCGGACGUUCUUGUCCCCUCGACGGACGCUUACGUCACCUGCAUUUGCUACAUCGGUUCAAAGUCUCUGUCUCACGUCCUCUCCUGUAUUGAACGCUGCAAGGAGCGCCUCCUCGCGGUUGGCCCUGCUUCGGAAGAUGCCCGGAAGCAGAUUGCUGCUAGUGUCGUCCAGUACUGGCAGCACCAGCCAGGCGUCGCCGUCAACAUUGUCGACAAACUCCUGAACUACACCAUCCUAACCCCGAUGUGUGUAGUUCAAUGGGCUUUGGGUGACCGUCUGGGCGCUGGGGCCGCCCUUUCCGAGAGCUGGGUCUUUGAAAUGGUCGCUGGCACUGUUGGUAAAGUCACCAACCGCGUUCGUCAAAUCGUCGCUGCCAAAUUACAGAAAGGCUUGCCUGCCGAACAAGUCCAGAUGCUUGAUGAAACUCUUGUCAAAGAGCGCGAAUCCAUGAGACAGCUAUUCGCAGUAAUUGAUGAUGCUGUGACCGGUUUUGCCACCGGAGCUUCUGAUGCCUUCAUCGAGGCCGAUGGCAGCAAAGACAUGGACGAGAAAAAGGGUCAGUUAAUCAAAGCGUGGGGCGAACGCUGGGCUAGGGUGUUUAGAAGGAAAGCUGCUGUGGAGGAAGCCAUUGUCGGCGAGGCUGCCAUCGAGGCCAAGGUUGCCGCUUUGGCUGCUGCUGACGAGAAGGCCGAUGCUGGUGAUGAUGCAGAGGCAAACGGUGAGGAUGACCAGCAGGCGGUUGGUGAGGACACCGCAACUUAGGUUCAGCGUCUUAUUGCUGGGCCUUAUUUAGACGGGUCUCAACGGCACCGGUCUUCUGGUGUCAUUACCUUGCAUUUUGCAUCUUUCCUUUCGUUUAACUCAACACAUUUGCUUUUCCUACUCUGGUUAGGCUCUUUUUACCAUGCCCAGGUUGAUCAAAAGCAAAUUGCGGACUUCCCUCCAUCUUGAAGAAAAUAACAUUCAUACCAAGUUACUGUGAUGUCUCUCCUUUUUGGACAAGUCGUACUAGGAAUACUUUAUGUACGUGUCCCCUUGAACAUUCACAGGAUGGAUGCCAUAAACAAAGCAUAUAAUCAAAUCAAUCGUCUGUGG